AUGGUCGAGAGUGGUGUCCACCAGGGUUCAGUACUGGGACCCAUUUUGUCCCUUAUCUACGUGGACGGUGCUCCAAGAGCUUUAGACUGUGAAGUAGCAAUGUUUGCUGGCGACAUGAAGAUAUGGAGUGUAAUUCGGGGUCCUGCCGACGAAGACAGACUGCAGAUGAACCUGAAUCGGUUGGAGGAGUGGUCAAACCGUUGGCUCCUGCGGUUCAACGUUGCCAAAUGUAGCAUACUUCGCCUAGGCCACACAGCCAGAUCCGCCAGCACAAGAGGCUACUUUCUGGGCAGUGCAGCCCUACAAGAGGUCGAUGCCCAAAAAGUCCUUGGUGUGCUGACGACCAGUUCCCUAAAGCCAUCCGCCCACUGUUCGAGAGUGGCAAACACCGCAAUGUCCGUACUGUACUCCAUCGAGCGUGCGGUUAUGGACUUUGACGAAGAUGAUUUCUCAAAGAAAUUCGGAACAUUCGUCCGGCCGCAUUUAGAGUACGGCAUACAAGCUUGGAGGCCGUGGGCUGUUGAGGCUCAAAACUGCCUCGAAAGGGUUCAGAGGAGAGCCACGAAGAUGGUUAGGGGUCAAAGCUCCUUUCCUUAUGCAACUCGCCCAGUAAAUCUGAACCUCUUAACUUUGAGUUACAGCCAACUUCGCGGGAAUCUGUUGCAAGCCUUUCGCAUUGUUAAGGGUUUGGAUUGCAGUCUGGCCUUCGAGGACUUCUUUGAAUUUGCUACCACGACCGACCUCCGAGGUCACCCGUUAAAACUGCGCACUCAGCAUGCAAGGUUGGAUGUACGGAAGUUCUCCUUCUCUGUUCGAGUGGUCAAACCAUGGAAUGCCCUUCCCGCGGAUGUUGUGAUGUCACCAUCCAUACAAAGAUUUAAAAAGAAUCUUGACACAUUUAUGUUCGAAAAUGACCAAGAGCGAUGA